AUGUUUUCCGAAGUGCCUUCUCUGCGGCAGGUAGUUGUCGCUGCUCUCUUGUUUUCCAUUCCAUUUCAGUUCAGCUAUUUUGUGACUUGGCUGUUGUUUUUCACAACAGUCCGCAGCAAAGCCAGUGGGAAAAAACCGCCGACACUUCCAUACUGCAUACCAAUCCUGGGUAGCGUUGUCUCCUAUGUAGCAGAUCCGCUCAAAUUCAUAACAACGAUAGGAGCAAACGAGGAAUUGAGCCCACUCCGCAUCAAGCUCUUCACACAAGAAGUGGUUCUGUUACGGGGGUCCGGGAACAUUGAGCAGCUGUGGCGACAGUCAAGGCUGUCGAGCUCCACUGCCAUUUUCUCCUUUGUGCUCAGCUACAUGUUUGGCAUGGGCAAGCGGGCCGCUCGCCGCUAUCAGCUCGAUGAUUCGGGUGCCAACGCCCGCCCCCACCCAGACAGCAGGGUGCUACCGCAUAACCGCAUCGACUACAGGACCCACCAGGGGCUACAUCAGUUUCUGCUGGGGAGCGGGCUGGCACCGCUGUUCGACCGGUUCCAGCGGCUCUUUAGCGCACGGCUGGCGCGGAUUGAGGCCACAGGUGGUACCGAUGGCGAAGGCAGCUGGGUGGAGAAGGCUGACUUCUUCGACUUCAUGGCCCUGGAGUUGACGCCGGCGACAAUCACCGCCAUGUGCGGACCGACACUGCUGCGGCUGAGCCCAGACUUUCCCCGCCUCUUCUGGGAAUACAACGAAUGGAUCCCAGCCUUCUCCAAAGGAUUGCCUCGUCUCUUCAUCCCGAAGGCAUACGCGGUGAGGGACGGGCUGCUGGAGAGCAUCAAGGCAUGGCACCGCUACGCCACCCGGGAAACGAGCAAGCUUGAGGUCAAGCCGGCCGGCGAAGAGGAUCCGUUCUGGGGCUCAAAAUUCUUCCGCGACCGGCAAAGCACGCUGCUUGCCGUGGACGACUACGAUGAAGAUGCCAUCGCAAGCGAGGACUUUGGUUCCAUCUGGGGCUUCAACACGAAUGCCAUUCUCGCCAGCAUCUGGGCCACUCUUGACGUCUUCCGCGAUCCAGAGCUGCUGGGUCGCGUGCGGCGUGAGGUGGAGCAGUGCAGCACCAGCACCACCGAAUGCGGCCUGGACAUGGACGAGCUGCAACGGCGACCGCUCCUGCAAGCCGUAUGCGCAGAGACCCUACGGCUACGCGUCCACGUGUACAUCUCGCGGUACGCGGAGCGCGAAGAGCUCAACAUCGGCGGCGAUCAGUGGAGCAUCCCGCCGAAGAGCGUGGUGCUGGUGUCGACGACGACGGCGCACCUCGACGAAGGCGCAUGGAACACAGGCCGUGGCGGACGCCAUCCCGUCGACGCUUUCUGGGCGGACAGAUUCCUGGUCGUGCCCGGCGACGAUGAAAAAUAUGGACCGAUGAAGGCGGCCGCAACCCAGGGACGGCCGGCCGCGACGGCCAAACGCGGGCAGUUGCAUCGCCGUGAUUCGCUUGUGGAUGACAUGGGUGGCAUCGGAAAAGGCACCGUCGAGGAGAUCCGCUUCGCUGGUGACAGCGUGGGGAGCGGCUCGUUGUUUCCGUUCGGUGGUGGAGCACGCAUGUGUCCUGGACGGCACUUCGCCAAACGCGAGAUGCUGCUGACAAUGGCGCUGAUGGUGCGUGACUUCGACGUUGAGGUUACGGCGGACUCGAAGGCCCUCGAGAUGGGCUGGAAGGACUUUGGCCUGGGGACGCAGCGGCCGAAGGGAAGGGUCCCGUUCCGCCUCCGGAGGCGGCGCUUCGGCGUGGCCCUGCAAGUACAGGGGUGA